CCUAAAAUGUCUGCACUGAAAUGAUUGCAAACUCAGCACCCCACAUCUUAGCCAAUCGGAGAGGCCUCUUUAAACACAUGAGGCAUAAGGUUUUAAUUUACAAGGACCCAUCUCUAUUUCUUUCCCAGGGCCUCGAAGAAGGACUACAUUCUAAAUCUAAUAUAAAUGCCUGUAUGUUCUACAAAAGUUUUCCCAGAUAGUGUACACCAUUUCCAAUUGCACAAUGACAAUGACAACAGAACUAAUUAAAACAGAGUCAUGAGAUACUUUUUAUAUGCACUUUUUUUUUUGGCGAAACUGAUGUUUAAGUAAUGUAUUUAGCAAAGUCUCCUAUUAUAGUUUAAUCUUUUAAUUACAAGAAAAUUUGGGUUAAUUAUUAUCCUACCUUGAUGAAAAUUCAGUGAUGGUGAUUUUUCCCCUUUCAUACUUCUUUUUUUUUUUUAAAUAAAAAAUGUGUUUUGUGAGAUUUGUGUACAAGUAAUCCAUGAUUCAUAUUUAGAACUACUGAGCCACUCCUUUAUAUUAAAUCUUUGAGUCUUGCCAUGUUUAAAAUGUAAAUUAUAACAAAUUAUGGCUGACUCUCAAAUAAUAAGUUAGUUCAGGAUCUUAAUAUCAAUCAGGAUCUUAAUAUCAAUCAGCUGUAAGUACUCUAUAAGAUAAAAGUCAAGGUAAUCACACUGAAAAUCUCUUUUGAUAAGUGGUUUUACAGAAAGAUAGAUAAAUAAAUAUAUAUAUAUAUUUAAAGAGAGUCUACAAAUUGAGCCUCUGUGUGUGAAUGAAUUCAAUAACUAUUUUACCAAUGUCGAGAGCAGAUUUGUAUGAGAAAGAAAGAAAAAACAAAGAAAGAAAAGACAUUCAUUUUUAGAAUUGUUGCAGAAGAAUACAGAUGUUAUGGAAAAUAAGAAAUAGCUUAUGUAGUAAUUUCUGGGUUGGAAAUUCAAGAAGAAAUGAAAUAGAGAACUAUGCUGAAAGCUUUAGUAGAGUUAUACCUAAUGUGUCUCUACAAAGACAAUAUAAUAGACCCCUAGGUGGUGCCACCCAGAAAGAAGGGAAUAGUAUGGUCUGAGUUUUCUCUACCACCAUCAGCUCCCUAAGCAAUCAACUUCCCUUCACUAGGAAUUCAAGAAGAGUCAGGAACUCAAAGCAUAGCAGGCCAAGUUCUCACUUUCUACAACUGACAUUCAAAAGUAAUAUAGGGUGAGAGUCCAACCUUAUAAAAUAAAAAUUCAAAAUAUAGUAGGUCUAAUUCAGCAUUUUUCAAGUUGAAUCUCACAGAGCAUUAAUGUCAAGCAAAAUAUUGAUGCAGUGUAAUAUAUAUGUGUGUCUAUGUAUGUGUGUAUGUAUAUACAUGUGUGCAUUCCAAGUGUGUGUAUGUAUAUGUAUAUUCCAAAUGUGGGAAAUACUAAAUAAGAAAAAAGUUUAAAAGGGUUCUUAAGCUCAGCAAUUCUCAGAGAUUAUAUUAGGCUAAUAUGAAUCUCCAAUAAGGACAUAGAAUAUGGCCUUUUUCCAAACUUAUUUGAACAAAUUUAUUUCACAGAAUGCCUUUGGAGAAGAUAUUGUAUUUCACAGAACACAGUUUGGAAAAUGCUGGUCUAACUCAUUAGUGAAUCCCAGCAUUUAAGCCCCUAGCAUAUAUAUCCUGGUAUAGAAAACUAUGUUAAAUACCGAGCAAUCAUCUGGUGUGCUCCCAGAAACCACAUUUUCUUCUACAAUUUUUUCAGUGGACAUGAUCACAUAGUGUUACUAACUGGAAGUCCAUGGACCUUGGUCAGACACAAGCCCCACUCUGGCACUUACUGGCUAUGGGAUCUUGUACAAAUUACUUAAUUGUUUUGAGCCUUCAAUUCUUCAUCAAUCAAAAGGAGAUAACAUAGGGAGGCUGAGUGGGAGGACAGCCUGAGCCCAGGAGUUUGAGACCAGCCUGGGCAACACAGCAAAACCCUGUCUCCACAAAAAAUUAAAAAAUUAGAUGGGCAUGAUGGUGCAUACCUGUAGUCCCAGCUACUAGUGAAGCUAAAGUGGGAAGACUGCUCAAGCCCAGGAGUUUGAGGCUGCAGCGAACUAUGAUCCUAUGAUCAUGCCAGCUUGGGAGACAGAAUGGGACCCUGUCUCUAAAAAAAAAGAAAAAGAAAAAAAAAGGGAUAAGAUAAUUAGCACCUUCCUCAAAGUUUAAGCAACACAACGUAUGGAUACAUCGUGCAAAAUAACACCAAGUAUACACAGUAGGUGUUCAAAAAUAUAGUCUUAACCUGUGUUAAUCUCUAUUCUUCAACAAAGACAAUUCAAGCCAGCCACCCACAAGCCAGCAAAAAAGCAACUCACCUAAAAGCUUAAGAUCCUUCAGGUUGGGUUGCACAUGGAGCGUUCACCUAACUGCCUGUGUGUCUGUGUACACUCAACUAUAUGUAAUUGGAACUGGAUCUCCAUCCCUGCUAAUUAUCCACAUUCAACCUGACAUAAGCAGUCUGGAGAAACUUCAGAAGAUUUGGGAAAGGCCUGAUAAAACAAGAUCUUUGAUAUAAGAAAACUUGACUGAGUCUGAUGCUUGACAAAGCAGUAUCAAGGAAGAAUUGGGUUAUUUUUAUAGUUUUGACCUAACUGAAAUAUUUUUAUUACCAAGUUCAUAAUAGUUCAUACUUACUUAGUAAUUUUUAUCUGUGGAUCUCAAACUUUUCCACAUCUUGAGAAAAUAUUACAUUUUAUACUCUGUUAAAAUACACUGCUCAUAUUUGUCUUCUAAUAUUUUGUUACCCAUUGCCUUCAUUACCUCCCCCAACAGACCUCCUUUCAUGACCCUGGUUAUUACUGACUAAAACUCGGAAUUGUUUCUGAUUUUAGUACCUUCCUCUGUAUUACAUAGUUUUGAUAAAUUAAAUAUUGUAUUUGUAUAAUAAAUGAAAAUCAAGUUUGUUGGUUUUUUUUAACUUUGAAAGACAACUCUCAGAAAAUGAUUUUUUUAAAAUGUUAUAAGGUCUUUUAUUUAUACAUUCUAUGAGGGAGAACUUCCACAGAAAACUAACUUUUAAAAAAAGAUAAAAAGAACUAUAGCUACUUAAAAUAACAUAGAAGGAUUAAAAUAAGCUUCUAAUGAAAUUCAAGCCAAAUAGGGCCAUUUAAAGUGAGGCACAUCCCUUAAUAUUUCUGGGUCCAAUAUUCUUAAUUGUAGAUUGCAGAAAAUUAACUCAUUUCUAGAUGACAUUUUUGGUUGCUUCCAGUUUCAUAAUCUGGUAAGAAUGACAUUUUUUCUCUCUCUCUCUCUAACUCUAGCUGUACUUCUGAGCCUCCUCGUAGUAAACUUCACUGUCAGGUGAAACAUAAAACAAGUUCAAGAAUUUCAGUAGAACAACUUUUGAAGCAAGAGAGUGUCUUCUACUCUGAGAAACAGAACUGAGUGCUCUGCCAUAUCUCUGUGCCCCAACCCCUUAGGGGAGAAGGAGAAGGAUUUGGAGUGAUGGUAGGGAUGGAUGGAUGUUUAACACAUGUGAUGCUUCUUGGUAAUUAACACAUCAGAAUAAAUUCACGUUUCACUCAGCCUAGUCAGCUCGAAUGACUUCAGAGAAUAGAACACAAGACAGGUUAAAUCUUUCCAAGACAGGAGUGAUAGGAGAGAGAUGGCUUGAUAAAGUUCCUAAACAUGGGAUACUAUCAGCAGAGGAAUGAGCAUCAGAGUGGAAAGGCUAGAGAAAAAGUGUCCCUGGGAGCCUGGGGGCCAGGAUGCUAGAGUGAAAAUGAACACUUAUUGAACGGUUCAAAGGACUUCAGAGAGCUGUGCUUCCCAACCUCCUUUUCAAUAUCAAAAUGUGUCAUAAAUUACAGUCAACACACGUACACAUGCUCACAUAAUUGUACAUUUAGUACCUGUUGCUUUAAAAAAAUGCUAGCAAUCAGAAAUACUUUAAAGCAAAAAUGCAUUUUAUGAAGGUACUGCUUAUAUAAACAUUUGAAAAACAAUAACAUAUGUAUCUGAGACAAACAGAUGUCAUUUUGCUUUAGCAGGUAAAGAUAUGACUGCACCUUCUUUAUAGACACCAACAUGCUGGGUAGUGAAAUUCUCAGAGACUUGUUAGCAUGUAGUACAAGUAACACCCAUCUAAGUAGUAACCUUUAUGUGUAGAUGAAUGUUAAAGCUUCCUAAUGACAGCCUGCCUCAGGUGCCCUCUUUCAGUCACCCUGAAAUCACUCCCUGCUUAUAUGGGGAAAGUGACCUUCAAUAGUUUUCUAUUUUCUGUAUAAUUUGGCCCAAACGUUUUAGUCUGGAUUAAAACCUUUUCUCCUGCCUCCCCUCAAAGUGCCUCAGCUACACUCACCUCUCUGGCCCCCUUCAGCAAUUCAAGUGAAUUUGAGCUUUAAUCUUUUGCACCUUGCACCUACCUCUCCGUCAGAACCCCAUUUCAUCUGAGCUGGUUGCUUUCUAUGUGCCUUUUUGGCUUUGGGAUGGACACUGUAACAAGUGAUUUGCAUUUCUGUGCCUCACUGUACUAUGCCCCUCUCUAAGGCUGGCACAGGUCUCCUUCAUUUUAUACUCUACGACCUAAGAGUGCUUAUAGCACAAUGGGUGGUUGGUAUCUAUUAAACAAAUGAAUGUGUAAAUGAAUGAUAGAAAGUAAUAGGUGAAAAGUACGCUGAGAUAGAGUCUGAUCACAGGCAAAAAAAAAAAAAAAUUGAAGAAUUAAUAGUCCAAUGGCACUUUUCUUAUAAAACUGAAUUACAUAGUCAAACCAUCAUUUAAAAUAAUCUUACAAGGAAAACAACAUUAAUGUGCGUCUGUUGAGACGGAUUAUGUUGUUUUGGAAUUAGGAAGAGAAUGUGCAGUUCGCUGUUUGCUUUCAGACUGUUUGUUUUGUUUAUUAAACUGGCGUCUCCAGCUCUGCAGCCCAGCCUGUGGAACCUAAAUGGCCCAGGUCCCAGGAGUUCCCAUCGGAGCCGUGGGCGUCCCCAGGGUUUAGAAAGGCUCCCCAAGGGCCCAGGCUGCCGGCGAGUGCAGCUCCCGCCGGCGCCACCUCUGCGGUCUGGAGCGGCGAGGACGAUCCCAGAGAGGCGCCCCCACUGCCUCGGUCGUCGGGUUCUUAAGUUUUUCUCUCCAAAAAUUUAAUGGAUAGUUUUCUUUUGCUUCUGUUUCUGACUUGAUUAAAGAGGCGGAAAAAAAGGAGUUUGACUCCAAGAAGAAUGAUAGUAGCAGAAGGCGCAUCUGGCUUUACUUUCCAAAUUCCAUCAAAGUUUGUGUUUUGUUUCAUUUGACAGCGAUCCCGUGAACGUCUCCUCUGGGGAAAUGGCGCGACCAAAGCCCGCCAAGCCCAGCUUGCGAACUGGAGGAUUUAUUAAUGUAAUAUUUUAAACAAAACCUCGACAGACACAAACUCAAAGGAAACCGUGCGCUCCUUAAGUCAAAGGCAUCUGUUCUGGAAGCAGAACCCGGUUUGCUGUUGGUAACCAGCGUUAAGAGCAGGAUUUUUAAACAUGACAAUGGAUAAAAGAAAAGAAAAGCGAAGUCCCGCGGUCCUCUGACUCCUAUUCAUUAUCUCCAGCAGCAUAUGGGACCAUUCUCCUACGUAUCCUCGCCUUUUUCUUCUGAAAAAGCAAAAGCAACCAAGCCUGUCCCGCUUCAGAGCAAUCCUACUCUUUGUGCCUGAGUAGUGCCACCACUACUACUUCCUCCUCCUCCCGCCUCCUCCUACCCCGCCCGCCUGCCGCUGGCUUUAGCUCUGGCGAGGAGGCGGCCGGCUCCCUUUGCGCCGGGAAGCCGGAGCCGCGAUUGGGCGACGGUCCCUGAGCCUCCAGUUCUGCGUCGGUUUCAAGGCUCCUCCCUCCUGGUGAAAGACAGACUGCGGGGCGCCUGGAAACCGGUCCGAGGGCGCGCGAGGCAGAGGAGAGGGAGCGAGUUGAGGGAUUGACACAAAUGGUCAGGCGGCGGCGGCGGAGAAGGAGGCGGAGGCGCAGGGGGGAGCCGAGCCCGCUGGGCUGCGGAGAGUUGCGCUCUCUACGGGGCCGCGGCCACUAGCGCGGCGCCGCCAGCCGGGAGUCAGCGAGCCGAGGGCCAGGAAGGCGGGACACGACCCCGGCGCGCCCGAGCCACCCGGGUUCUCCCCGCCGCCCGCGCUUCAUGAAUCGCAAGUUUCCGCGGCGGCGGCGGCUGCGGUACGCAGAACAGGAGCCGGGGGAGCGGGCCGAAAGCGGCUUGGGCUCGACGGAGGGCACCGGCGCAGAGGUCUCCCUGGCCGCAGGGGGAGCCGCCGCCGGCCGUGCCCCUGGCAGCCCCAGCGGAGCGGCGCCAAGAGAGGAGCCGAGAAAGUAUGGCUGAGGAGGAGGCGCCUAAGAAGUCCCGGGCCGCCGGCGGUGGCGCGAGCUGGGAACUUUGUGCCGGGGCGCUCUCGGCCCGGCUGGCGGAGGAGGGCAGCGGGGACGCCGGUGGCCGCCGCCGCCCCCCAGUUGACCCCCGGCGAUUGGCGCGCCAGCUGCUGCUGCUGCUUUGGCUGCUGGAGGCUCCGCUGCUGCUGGGGGUCCGGGCCCAGGCGGCGGGCCAGGGGCCCGGGCCGGGGCAGCAACCGCCGCCGCCGCCUCAGCAGCAACAGAGCGGGCAGCAGUACAACGGCGAGCGGGGCAUCUCCAUCCCGGACCACGGCUAUUGCCAGCCCAUCUCCAUCCCGCUGUGCACGGACAUCGCGUACAACCAGACCAUCAUGCCCAACCUGCUGGGCCACACGAACCAGGAGGACGCGGGCCUGGAGGUGCACCAGUUCUACCCUCUAGUGAAAGUGCAGUGUUCCGCUGAGCUCAAGUUCUUCCUGUGCUCCAUGUACGCGCCCGUGUGCACCGUGCUAGAGCAGGCGCUGCCGCCCUGCCGCUCCCUGUGCGAGCGCGCGCGCCAGGGCUGCGAGGCGCUCAUGAACAAGUUCGGUUUCCAGUGGCCAGACACGCUCAAGUGCGAGAAGUUCCCGGUGCACGGCGCCGGCGAGCUGUGCGUGGGCCAGAACACGUCCGACAAGGGCACCCCGACGCCCUCGCUGCUUCCAGAGUUCUGGACCAGCAACCCUCAGCACGGCGGCGGAGGGCACCGUGGCGGCUUCCCGGGGGGCGCCGGCGCGUCGGAGCGAGGAAAGUUCUCCUGCCCGCGCGCCCUCAAGGUGCCCUCCUACCUCAACUACCACUUCCUGGGGGAGAAGGACUGCGGCGCACCUUGUGAGCCGACCAAGGUGUAUGGGCUCAUGUACUUCGGGCCCGAGGAGCUGCGCUUCUCGCGCACCUGGAUUGGCAUUUGGUCAGUGCUGUGCUGCGCCUCCACGCUCUUCACGGUGCUUACGUACCUGGUGGACAUGCGGCGCUUCAGCUACCCGGAGCGGCCCAUCAUCUUCUUGUCCGGCUGUUACACGGCCGUGGCCGUGGCCUACAUCGCCGGCUUCCUCCUGGAAGACCGAGUGGUGUGUAAUGACAAGUUCGCCGAGGACGGGGCACGCACUGUGGCGCAGGGCACCAAGAAGGAGGGCUGCACCAUCCUCUUCAUGAUGCUCUACUUCUUCAGCAUGGCCAGCUCCAUCUGGUGGGUGAUCCUGUCGCUCACCUGGUUCCUGGCGGCUGGCAUGAAGUGGGGCCACGAGGCCAUCGAAGCCAACUCACAGUAUUUUCACCUGGCCGCCUGGGCUGUGCCGGCCAUCAAGACCAUCACCAUCCUGGCGCUGGGCCAGGUGGACGGCGAUGUGCUGAGCGGAGUGUGCUUCGUGGGGCUUAACAACGUGGACGCGCUGCGUGGCUUCGUGCUGGCGCCCCUCUUCGUGUACCUGUUUAUCGGCACGUCCUUUCUGCUGGCCGGCUUUGUGUCGCUCUUCCGCAUCCGCACCAUCAUGAAGCACGAUGGCACCAAGACCGAGAAGCUGGAGAAGCUCAUGGUGCGCAUUGGCGUCUUCAGCGUGCUGUACACUGUGCCAGCCACCAUCGUCAUCGCCUGCUACUUCUACGAGCAGGCCUUCCGGGACCAGUGGGAACGCAGCUGGGUGGCCCAGAGCUGCAAGAGCUACGCUAUCCCCUGCCCUCACCUCCAGGCGGGCGGAGGCGCCCCGCCGCACCCGCCCAUGAGCCCGGACUUCACGGUCUUCAUGAUUAAGUACCUUAUGACGCUGAUCGUGGGCAUCACGUCGGGCUUCUGGAUCUGGUCCGGCAAGACCCUCAACUCCUGGAGGAAGUUCUACACGAGGCUCACCAACAGCAAACAAGGGGAGACUACAGUCUGAGACCCGGGGCUCAGCCCAUGCCCAGGCCUCGGCCGGGGCGCAGCGAUCCCCCAAAGCCAGCGCCGUGGAGUUCGUGCCAAUCCUGACAUCUCGAGGUUUCCUCACUAGACAACUCUCUUUCGCAGGCUCCUUUGAACAACUCAGCUCCUGCAAAAGCUUCCGUCCCUGAGGCAAAAGGACACGAGGGCCCGACUGCCAGAGGGAGGAUGGACAGACCUCUUGCCCUCACACUCUGGUACCAGGACUGUUCGCUUUUAUGAUUGUAAAUAGCCUGUGUAAGAUUUUUGUAAGUAUAUUUGUAUUUAAAUGACGACCGAUCACGCGUUUUUCUUUUUCAAAAGUUUUUAAUUAUUUAGGGCGGUUUAACCAUUUGAGGCUUUUCCUUCUUGCCCUUUUCGGAGUAUUGCAAAGGAGCUAAAACUGGAGUGCAACCGCACAGCGCUCCUGGUCGUCCUCGCGCGCCUCUCCCUACCGCGGGUGCUCGGGACGGCUGGGCGCCAGCUCCGGGGCGAGUUCAGCACUGCGGGGUGCGACUAGGGCUGCGCUGCCAGGGUCACUUCCCGCCUCCUCCUUCUGCCCCCUCCCCCUCCUUCUGUCCCCUCCCUUUCUUUCCUGGCUUGAGGUAGGGGCUCUUAAGGUACAGAACUCCACAAACCUUCCAGAUCUGGAGGUGGGCCCCCAUACAUUACAAUUCCUCCCUUGCUCGGCGGUGGAUUGCGAAGGCCCGUCCCUUCGACUUCCUGAAGAUGGAUUUUUAACUGUCCAGAACUUUCCUCCAACUUCAUGGGGGCCCACGGGUGUGGGCGCUGGCAGUCUCAGCCUCCCUCCACGGUCACCUUCAACGCCCAGACACUCCCUUCUCCCACCUUAGUUGGUUACAGGGUGAGUGAGAUAACCAAUGCCAAACUUUUUGAAGUCUAAUUUUUGAGGGGUGAGCUCAUUUCAUUCUCUAGUGUCUAAAACCUGGUAUGGGUUUGGCCAGCGUCAUGGAAAGAUGUGGUUACUGAGAUUUGGGAAGAAGCAUGAAGCUUUGUGUGGGUUGGAAGAGACUGAAGAUAUGGGUUAUAAAAUGUUAAUUCUAAUUGCAUACGGAUGCCUGGCAACCUGCCUUUGAGAAUGAGACAGCCUGCGCUUAGAUUUUACCGGUCUGUAAAAUGGAAAUGUUGAGGUCACCUGGAAAGCUUUGUUAAGUAGUUGAUGUUUGCUUUCCUUAACAAGACAGCAAAACGUAAACAGAAAUUGAAAACUUGAAGGAUAUUUCAGUGUCAUGGACUUCCUCAAAAUGAAGUGCUAUUUUCUUAUUUUUAAUCAAAUAACUAGACAUAUAUCAGAAACUUUAAAAUGUAAAAGUUGUACACUUUCAACAUUUUAUUACGAUUAUUAUUCAGCAGCACAUUCUGAGGGAGGAACAAUUCACACCAUCAAUAAUAACCUGGUAAGAUUUCAGGAGGUAAAGAAGGUGGAAUAAUUGACGGGGAGAUAGCGCCUGAAAUAAACAAAAUAUGGGCAUGCAUGCUAAAGGGAAAAUGUGUGCAGGUCUACUGCAUUAAAUCCUGUGUGCUCCUCUUUUGGAUUUACAGAAAUGUGUCAAAUGUAAAUCUUUCAAAGCCAUUUAAAAAUAUUCACUUUAGUUCUCUGUGAAGAAGAGGAGAAAAGCAAUCCUCCUGAUUGUAUUGUUUUAAACUUUAAGAAUUUAUCAAAAUGCCGGUACUUAGGACCUAAAUUUAUCUAUGUCUGUCAUACGCUAAAAUGAUAUUGGUCUUUGAAUUUGGUAUACAUUUAUUCUGUUCACUAUCACAAAAUCAUCUAUAUUUAUAGAGGAAUAGAAGUUUAUAUAUAUAUAAUACCAUAUUUUUAAUUUCUCAAAUAAAAAAUUCAAAGUUUUGUACAAAAUUA